CGCUAAAUGGUAUCGCACAACCUCUUGGAAACCGCUAUUUGGCUCCCUUGGGAGAUUUUGAAAUGCUCUGAUUACUCAACUAGCACUGUUUUCUGGAAUGGAAAAAAAUCAGGAUAAGAAACAACGUGAUCUUAAAAACUAUUGCAGACAUUUAUUCAAAUUUGUUCACGUUGAAAUGAACGUUUUGCAGGAUUGCACUGCUAAAGCAAUGAAGUCACGUGACGCACUGCAAAGCAACGUUUUUACGAGGUUUAGGAAACCGAGGGAAAAUAGAACACGCUGGUAUAUCCUGUUUGCAGCAGCAGUUUUGGUCACUUCUUUAGCAGUCGUGGCAAUCACUUUAGCAAUUUAUUUUGGAACUGGGAAAGACAAUGUAAAUUCAGAUGAAGGACAAGUUGAAACCAUUCGCCUUGGUCCAGAUGCCCAAGACUCUACAGACAGUCCCUCGACAAAGGGUCCAUUUAUCACCAAACUGACCUCUCAUUACCCAUCAUCUACCUCAAAAAAGGCAACCUCUCAAGGAAUCUCUUCUGACGAUACGUACACGAAAUCUGCAACUUCUCAUGUGCAUAAACAGACGACUAAGUCCAGAAGCAGCGAGUCAACGUCUGCAAGUCAGACGACAAAAUCGUCACACCGUUCCACCACAGAAACUCGAACUACCUCACUGAGUUCCCAUACAUCCGCCACCAUUGCAGACGACCAAACCACAAAGGUCACCCAGUCCACUCAAGGAUCCACGGAAACCGUCACAGAAUACCCUCUAAGACCUACUUUAACCGUCCAAACCAACAACAUUGUGUUACCGUACUCAAAAGCCGUGCUCAGUGUCAGCUGUGUGACGAUGUAUGCCAGACAGUGGAGGGAGAUGAGGAUCUACCGUCAAAUGGAGGGGGAUUCCAUCGUAAGCCUCGUUGUGGUCAAGUCAUACAUGGGCUCCCCGAACGUGGAAAUUAACGCCAAUUUUACGUCGGAGAUAAGCUACAAAGAGGAUGCCUUACUAGUAACAAUUCACUCCAAGGAAGUGGACUGCUCGUACCUUGGAAACUACACCUGCUUGUUGGUACUCCCAGAAGAAACUUACAAGAACACCACCCAAGUCCAAGCUCUGAAUAAAAAAGAGUCAAAGCCUAAACUGACCAUUUCGACCAGUGUAGUGGAGGACAACACUGCCACCAUCACGUGUUCUAUGGAGCUGAUUGAACCGAACGCCACCAUCACCUACAAAUUUCGUCCGCCUGGUCUGGAUAAGUACUUUAACCUUAGCCUGAGCCCAAACAUUACUAGGACUUGGACAGGGUGUUCUCUCUUGAUUGAGAGCACCCUCACUAUGGUAUCUAAGAUGCACGAUAACGGAUCUGUCUUCAUGUGCGAGGUGACGACAUAUCGUAACAACGCCAUCACUACAUACGUAUCAGAAGCCGAAUUUAACGUCAUUCCAAAAACGUUCUGUAAUGACAAGAAUGCUUACGCCAUUUACCCUCAUCCCUAUGAGACUUGCAAUAGCGUUGUGUAUUGUUAUAUGAACAGUCCACAGGUCUACAAAAUAAACUGUGGGGCCGGAUACUGCUACGACACGACUAAAACUAACUGUGUGAAGGUGGGUUACACGUCAGUUCCUACCACCACCCCUACCGCCAACGCCACCGUGGUGGAGACCCAAACAACGGGACUUCCGUCCGAUUCCAAAGGCACAUAAAAUGCCGGAUAUCUGAUAGGAAAAAUACAUUAUGUAAUCAUUGACGCCAUCUGGCAAUUCUGAAGAAACCCAAAAGUCAAUAGAAGAGAAACUAAUUUUCUCUUUAUCAAUCAUUCCCUAAAAAAAUAAUAUUGAAAAAUGCAUUUUUCUUGGGAUUAAGGUUAUUCAUUGUGUUCAUGACAACGUUAGACUGCGAGUGGUCGCCGUCUUUCAACGAACAGCAGCGACCGUCUUAGAAUGGGCUUCUCGGAUGACAAUGAACGUUCUUGUUUCUUCAAACCCGGAAACGUUAUAGUGAUUAAGUGUAUUAAGGUGAACAUUUUGUGUAAUUUUGUUUAAAUUUAGUUCCUUCUGGACUCCUUCAAAUCUGUUCAUCAACAAGUCGUGUAAUUAAACGUUGAUUUAUAAAGCAGACCAAAGACAACCUGAACAUAAAUGCAAGUCCAAGAAAAGUACAUGGGUGACAUUUAUAGAGGAAAGCUGUGGAAUUCUUAAAAUAAGCACGAAUUAAUCACAGUGAUAGGUAGAAAUUAUGAAACAUCAAUGUCAUGGACCACUCUCAUAUAGACUUUUCUUUUUUACCUUGAUCAUGCAUACCUAAAACUGUUAAUUUAUAUUUACAUACUGUCAAAAUGAAAUCCAACCGUUUUGUAGUCCCUUCAUUAUUAUGUGUUAUGCAUAAAGAUUACUAAACAAAUAGUUUGCACUUUACUUUGUUUUUGCUGUUUAAUAUGUGGCAUCACAUCAAAUAUAUGUCAGGGCAAUGUAUGUAUAAAUGUCUUCUAUCGUCGUA